AUUGGGCAGGGCACGUUUGGGAUGGUGCACCGAGCCACCUGGCGCGGCGGGUGCGCGGCGGUCAAGCGGGUGCGGCCACGCAGCCGGGAGCAGGCCACCACUUUUGUGCGGGAGGUGGAGGCGCUGGCGCAGCUGCGCCACCCGCACGUCAUGCAGCUGUACGCCGCCUGCGUGCGCCCGCCCGCCGACUUCUGGCUCAUCUGCGAGCUGCUCAGCGGCGGCACCCUGGCCGCGUGGCUGUACGGCAGCCCGGGCGCGCGCCGCGCGCCGCAGCGCAGCCUGAGCGAGCGGUUGAAGAUGGCGCUGGAUGUGGCACGCGGCAUGCAGGCGCUGGAGGAGCACACGCCGCAGAUCCUGCACCGCGACCUCAAGCCCAGCAACGUGUUCAUCGACAGCACCGGCACCGCCAAGAUUGCCGACUUUGGGCUGGCGCGCAUCCUGUCCCCCGCCGCCAUGGUGUCGCUGACGGGGGAGACGGGUUCGUACCUGUGGAUGGCGCCAGAGGUCAUCAGGCAAGGGAGGCAGGAUGCGCACGAGCCGUACGACGCGCGCAGCGACUGCUGGUCGUUUGGCGUGAUGCUGGUGGAGCUGCUGACGCAGCAGAAGCCGUAUGCGGCGCUGUACAUGACCCCGGUGCAGGUGGCCAUCCAGGUGGCCGACGGCAGCCUGCACCCGCAGGUGCCGCCUGACUGCCACCCCGCCCUGGCCGAGCUGCUGCUGUCCAUCUUCUCCCCCGACCCGCUGGAGCGCCCCUCCUUUGGCUUCAUUGUGGCGCGGCUGGAAGGCGUGCUGCACGACGUGCGGCAGGCGGCGGCGGCGGCGCAGGCCGACAGCCUGCUGGGGCGAUGGUUCAGCCGCCCGGCGAUGGGCGUGGGCGGGCGGUGA